GAGGACAUCUUCACGACAAUCGGAAAGCCUAUCACGGAUGCGUGUUUGGAAGGUUACCACUGCUGCCUUCUUGCGUAUGGGCAAACUGGAGCAGGCAAGACCUUUACGAUGGAGGGACCGGAUUGGGACAGCGAAGGGGAAGGAUCCCAGCGAAGCGUGGACAAACGCGGCCUCAUUCCACGAAUUCUGCAGUACAUCUUCCAGAGACUGUCAGCUGACAAGGAGCUGCAGAUGCUAGAGUUCACCAUCCGCUGCUCCUACCUGCAGAUUUACAAUGAGCAGGUGUCCGACCUCCUCGAGCCAGAUUCGGUGAACCUGAAUGUGAGGGAGGACAUGAGGCACGGGAUGUUCGUGGAGGGCCUGCAGGAGGUGGUGGUUUCCACAGCCGACGCCACCUAUGCGCUGUUCAAGCGCGGCUCGCAGAACCGACGCGUGGGCCAGACCGCCAUGAACAUGGAGAGCAGCCGCUCUCAUAGCGUGUUCACUAUUGUGGUGGAAACUCAGCGGCGGGACGACGCAGGGGUGAUGAAGAGGAGGACCUCACGGUUCAAUCUGGUAGACCUAGCAGGGUCGGAGAGGCAGAAGCACAGUGAGGCGCAGGGGAUGCGGCUGAAGGAGGCCGGGAGCAUCAACAAGUCACUUUCUGCGUUGGGAAAUGUCAUCAAGGCCUUGGUUGACAUUGCGGAGGGGAAGGUUCGCCACGUGCCCUAUCGAGACUCGAAGCUCACCUUUCUUCUGAGUGACUCAUUGGGUGGCAACUCCAAGUGCACCCUGCUGGCGGCAGUGAGUCCUGCGGAGCGCAACAUGGAUGAAACGAUGUCGACGCUCAAGUUUGCGCAGCGGGCGAAGCUGAUGCACAACGAGGCGGUAGUGAACGAGCUGAUGAUGGGCAACCCCGCCGUCAUGGGCGAGGAGAUUCGGCGCUUGCGCCUCGAAAUCGCCGAGCUUAGAGCAGAGAACGAGCGCAUCUGCCGCCUGGAGCAGAUCAUCUCGCAAUCCACCAAGCGGGCUCUGGAAGCGGAGAGGCAGGCGGGGCAGGAGGUGUCGAAGCAGAGCAAGAGAGCCGAUGCUGCUGAGGCCCUGGCGGAAGGGCUCAAGAGGAGUGUCCAGGGGCUGAAGAUGGUGGUGAAGCUGCGGGACGAGAGGAUCAAGCGGGUGGAGGCGCAGGGGAGGUGCGAGGGGCAGUGUGUGCGGGGGGAGGACGCGGCAGCAGUGGAGGAGCUGACUCAGGAAGUGGAGGUGCUGAGGCGCAUGGUGGAGAGGAACCCCGAUGCCAUCCGCUUCCAGCUGGAGGUUGACGUCUGCAAAGCGCGCAUCAGCGAGCUGGAGGAGCAGCUACAGACGGGCACGAGCGAGGGGGACAAGGUGGCGGCACUGGAGCGCCUGAACAACGCCCUGAGGGAGGAGCUCAAGGAGGCGUUCGACGAGAACGAGGCGCUGCGAGGCAAGGAGGAGGAGGGGCGGCGGGAGCGGGAGGAGCUCCGAGCCAAGCUCGUUGGCAUGGAGGAGCAUGUGAAGAAGGUGGCAGCAGUGGCGGAGCAGUACCGCACGGAGGUGAACAACACACGGCAGCUUCAGCGCAGCGUCAACGACCGCAAGCACGAGUUUGAUGAUGCGCGCGUCCGGUGUGGAGUGGCGGAAGCGAAGGUGGGCAAGCUGCUGCAGCAGCUGGCGGCCACCCAGCAGGCGGAAUCAGUGCUCAAGGUGGAGGCCGCAGAGCACCACGCUCAGAGCGCCGCCCUCGCUCGGGACCUGCAGGCGUGCCGGGCCGAGCUGGCGAGGAGUGUGGCCGAGAGCGAGAGGAGCGCAGCUGACGCAGCACAGCUGCGGGCUGAUUUGGAAGCGGUGCGGAGGCAGGUGGAGGGGUUGUUGGAGGAGAAGGCGAAGGCUGAGGGAGAGGCGGCAGAGGCAGCAGCUGCUGGGAAGGAGAAGGAGAGGGUGGCGGAAGAGCAGAGGAAGGCGUUAGAAGAGGCACUGGAGGAGAUGAGGAGAGCGCAGGUGGAGGCGGAAGAUGCUGGGAGAGAGAAGGUUCGGGAGCUUGAACAACAGAAGAGAGUGUUGGAGGAGGGACUAGAGGGAAUGAAGCGAAAGCUGGUGGAGAUGGAGGAUGCUGGGAAGGAGAAGGAGGGCGCGUUAGAAGAGCAGAAGAGCGCGCUGGAAGAGGAGCUUGAGGGAAUUAAGAGAAAGCAGCAGGAGAUGGAAGAUGCUGCGAGGGAGAAUGCGAAGGAGCUUGAAGAGCAGAAGAGGGUGUUGGAGGAGGAGCUUGAGGGGAUGAAGGGGAAGCAGGCGGAGCUGGAGGAGAAGGUGCAAGCGCUGGAGAAAGAGCGGGAGCUGCUGUGGGCUGCAGCAGAGAAGAGCGGGGCGGACGGUGAUGCUGACGGCGCUGAUGGUGCUGUUGGUUCAGAUGCUGCAAAGAAGCGGUCGGAACUGAGCGAGAGGAUAGCGAAGCUGGAGGAGGAGCUGAAGACGGAGAGGGGUCGGGUGAUUGACCUGGCAGAGAAGGUGGGCGACAGGGACGGGCUGCUGGAGGCUGCUUGCGAGAGGCAGAGGCGGGCGGAGGAGGCGGCGGAGAGGGCGAGGAGGGAGGCGGAGGAGUUCGCUGCUGGGGGGCGCAAGCUGCAGCAGGUGAACCUGGCGCUGGAGGAGCAGCUGUGCUCGGCGCUGCAGGGUCUGAAGGAGGCGAAGGAACGGGUGGGGCGACUGGAGCAGGAGAGUGUGGGUCUGCUGGAGGAGGCUAUAAUGCUGGAGAAGGAAACGGGAGAGGAGCAGAAGCAGCGAGAGGAGGAGGAGGAGGAGAAGGAGGAGCAGCAGGAGAGGCGUGAGGGAGGAGGGAGUGGAAGCAAGCGGAGGUGGCAGGAGACUGUGAAGGGUUAUGAGGAAGCAGGGGAGGCAGGUGGGGAGGAGGAAAAGGAAGGUAUUCUCAGCCCAAUGACUCUGUGCCUCACAGAGCUCCGUGAUGUGACCAACAGGACAAGCCCUUCGCGAGGAGCAGAUAAAGGCAGCAGCGCAGCAGAUGCAAAGGGGAAGGAACCUGAUUCGCACGAAGGAGGGGCUGGUUCUGCCCCCAGCCCAGUUCCCCUCCUCGGCUCUGCAGCAGACAUGCCUGCGCUACCUGCCUGUGCUUCUGCCAAUGCGUUUCUCGCAAAUAGGUGGACUCUUCCCUUUGCCGGAGACAACGUUUCUGCCAGCGCUGACUUGGACAGCGACCUGCUCAGAUAUGCAGUGAUUGGGGCGGUGGGAGGGCAGGCAGGGGGCGAAGGAGCCACGCAAGGUGCGUUGGGGCGAAGGCUAGAGAAGAAGAAGCGGAGGAGGAGCGCGCCAGUGAGCCAAGCAGAGGCGCAGGCGGAGAAGCUGAGGCUGAUGGAGGCGCAGGUGCGGCACAUGGUGAAGCAGCUCGCGGCCGCUCACGCCGAGGUGAAGAGCCUGUCCGGGAGGAUGCAGAAGGCGGGUCCGCUGAUGGUGCGGAUGCAGGAGGUGGUGCAGCAGCUGCGGGCGAAAGGGCAGGCGCUGGAGCUGGCGCUGCUGAAUACGUUGGAGAGGGAGGCGGAGAGGGAGCAGGCGGAGGAGGAUGAGAAGGAGGAGGUCGGGUUGAUGUAUCUGGGGCUGGAGGAGCAGAGAGAUAGGUUGAGGAAAGAGAGGGAUGCGUAUUUGAAGGAGCUGAUGGAGGUGGGUCCGAGGAACGUGGUGCUUUUUGAGGAGCUGAGUGCGGUGAAGGUGAGGCUGGAAGCGGCAAGGGGAGAGAUGGGUGAGAUGGAGGAGGAGCGGGCGAGGCUGCGGAGCAAGUUGGCUAGGCUGAGUCGUAGGCUGGAGCAGCUGAUAACGGGGAGAACGGCAGCGGGUGGACCCCUUGAGAGUCCAUUUAGGGUAGAGCAUGCAGUUAACGUGGAGGUUGCUGCUGACGUGGAGGAUGCGGAUGAGGAGCUCAUGGCUGACGUGGAUGAAGCGCUGGCCGUUGUGAGGGAGCAUGUGGAGGAGGUGGAGAUCAGGAACAGGCAGCUAGCGGAGCAUGUGAGGGCGCUGGAGCAGCAGUGCGAGAGGCUGCAGGCUAAGGCUGAGGGGGUGGGCAGCAGCAAGACGAGGGCUGCGAGGGCUGUGAAUAAGAGCGAAAACGAGGAGCUACAGGGUGGUGGGUUGGGAGUGAAGGCUAAGAGCGGGCCACAGCAGGUGGAUAGACAGCAGGAGUGUGAGAAGAAGGGCGAUGGGCACAAGGGGGAGGAGCAGCAGGGGCAGGAGCAGCAGCGGCUGGCUGGGCAGGUGCAGGAGCUGUUGGCGCGUCUGGCUGCAGCAGAGGAGCAGACAAAGGGCACCAUGGGCCGCGCUGCUCUGGCGGAGCAACGGUGCAGCGAGAUGCAUGCUCGCGUUGCUGUUGUGGUAGCCCGGGAGAGAGCACUGCAGAAGCUGCUCGUGAGCCCGCUGCUGAGGGAUGCCGGGGCUGGGGAUGGAGGGGUUGGAGGGUCUAGGGUUGGAGACGCAGGGGUUGUGAGUAGAGGGGUGAUGGGAGCAGGAGGCGGGGAUGAGAUUGUGGAAGGGUGGAAGGCGAGAUGGCGGCAGCUGGAGCAGGAGCAGGGAGAGCUGGGCUUAAACCUGAACCAGAACGGGGUAGAGGACCAGGAAGGCAAGGGAGAACAGGAGCAUGCGGAGCAGGGAUGUGGGCAGGGAGGGGUGGAAUGCGAUGCAGAGGCUGGUACAAUGGGUGCGGAUGUGGGGCACGAGCAGAGGCGCAUGCAGGUGGAGGAGGUGCGGGGGGUGUUGGCUCAGGUGGUGCUGGUGGAGAGUCUGUUGGCCGUGGUGCUGUGCCGGGCUGGGCUUGCUGGUCUCUCCUCCCGCAUGGAAACCAAGCUGCUGGGAUCAAAUUUGGGGUCAGGAGAAAUGGUGGGGGCAGGAGGAAUAGAAGGGGAAGGUGGUUCGCUGGGCGCGGAAGGAUCAGGUGCUGGUGCAGGUGAAGGAGAGGUCGAGCCAGCGGGGGUGGAUGAAAGGGGGAAGGAAGGAGUGAGCGGGACAGAGAAGGAGGAGGGGACAGGGCAAGAAGGGGGAGGAGGGGAAGGAAGGGCAGCAGAGCAAGGAGUGGGAAGAGAGCAAGUGGAGGAGGUGCUGAACGCGCUGCAGAGGCAGAGGGUGCUGCUUCUUGGUUUCUUGGGCGUGAAGGCAGAGAAAAGCAGCAAGCCAGAGCAGAAUGAGCAAGAGAGGAAUCUGGCAAACGAGGAGGCGGAACGAGCUAUAGCGAGUCCCAGUGAGGGUCUGACCCUUCCGCCUGCGGCCGUGGUAUCCAGGCAAGUCAGAAUCGCACAGCAGCUGGUGCGAGCAGGAUUCGAUGCCCUCAUGGCCAACGACGACACCUGCUGGCUGCGAGGGUCCGUUUUGAGAGGCGUGUAUGCCCUGAGGAAGCUGGUGGAGGAGGUGGAGGGCAAGGUGGGCGCGUGGGAGGCGCAAUGGGGCGAGCUAGAACGGGCCUUCCAGCAGCAGAACCGGGAGUUUUUGGAAGUGGGGCGGGCGCUGCAGCGCGUGCAGGGGGAGAAGCGGGCAGUGGAGGGGGCAGUGAGGGAGAGGGCGGAGGAGGAGGCGGGGCGGCGGGAGGUGGUUGAGAGGACUGUGCGUGUGGCAGCUGAGGCAGUGGAGGUGGAGAAGGAAAUUGAUGAGAAGCGGCAGCAGGUGGCAGUGGCUGCAGUGGGGAAUGCUGCUGCGUGCUCUGGGCAAGGAAGCGAGGUGAGCAGGCGUUUGGAGAAGGAGGUGGAAUGGCUGCAGCAGGUGAAGGACGCGAAGGAGAGGGAGGUGGUGUUGCUGAUGAAGCGCGUGACGGAGAUGGAGGUGCGGGGCAGAGGGCAGUGGGAGCAGGCAGUGCAGCGGCAGGAGGCUGCUAUGAAGCAGGUGGAGGGGCUCUCACAGCAGCUGAGGGAGUCGCAGCAGCAGCUGGGUGGGAAGAGCAGCGAGGUGGAGAAGCUGGUGUGGACGGUGGAGCAGCUUCAAGAAGAGGUCAAGGCCAAGGACGCCCAAAUCACCUCUCUGCACAUGCAACUCCCAGCAGCAACCAAGGCAGUGGCUCUUGACUCCCCACUCAGAUCCCGUCCAGCAGCAGCAGCAGCAGCAGCAGAGCGAGGCAACUUCGCCCCUGCAAGCGAGCCCAGGCAGCAGCGGCCAUCUGAUUCAGCUCACGGGUCGCGGCGGGUGCGGCAGCGGCUGGGCGGCGUGCUAUCCGCCAUCCACAGCAUGGCGGCUACUCGCGAUGGCACUCGCAGCCCGUUUGGGUUCAGGGGGGUGGGAGCUGGCAAUGAAGGUGCAGCAGCAGCAUCUACUGCUGGUGGUGCUGCUGCUCUGUAUGCCUCCACGUCAGCUGGGUGCAGUAGGCUGGGUACUGCUGCUUCUGUGAGCUGCGGGACCGGAGGAGGGGAGGGUGAGGAGUUUUACACGCCCAUGACCAAUUUGCCCUUCAGCCCGGAGAGUGCGGGGUAUAGUGGAGAUGGGGUGGAGGCGAGUGGAGGGGGGCAGGACGGUGGUGGUGGUGGAAGCGUGAAGGGGAGCAGGGUGAAGGGGCAUGGAUGGGGUGUGGGGCACGGAGGGGCUGUUGGUGGAAGUGCGAAGAAGCGAGGCUGGGGGAGUGGCGUUGGCAAGUGUGUUGGGAGUGAUGAGAACACGCCCUUGAUUCCUGACGGCCCGCAAUCAGGUACAGUUCAGUCCAUCCCUUUCCCCUUCCAUACAGCCUGCCCCCUUCCUCUGCAUUCCCAACACCUGUAUACCCCCGAGACGUGGUCAUGGGACGAUCAGGUGGCGAAGAAAGUAGAGCCGUGGGACGGCGUGCGAAACCACCAAGCGGCGAACAACAUGAAAGCCAUGAAGACCGGCGACCUCGCCUUCUUUUACCACUCAGGCAAGGAGCGUCGAGUCAUGGGAAUUGUCCAAAUCUGCAAGGAGUAUUACCCCGAUCCCAGCGACAAGUCGGAGAAAUUCGGCAUGGUGGAUGUGGAGACCGUUGAGGCGUUCCCGAGCCCGGUCACGCUGCGUGCUAUUAAGGAGGACUCGCGAUUGAGUCACAUCGCGCUGGUGCGCCAAUCUCGGCUAUCGGUGAUGCCUGUUGACGAAGCGGCUUGGGAUAUUAUCAAGGAGCUCGGGUUUAGAGCGCCGGAUUUGGAUGAGAAUGGAGAUAAGGAAGAGAAGGAAGGCAAGGAAGAGGGGAGAGAGGCAGGCAGAGGAGACAAGGGAGAAAAGGGAGAAAAGGGAGGGGGAGAGAUUUCUGAAGGGCAAGAAUCAGUUCAAGGUGGCAAGAAGGAGUUGGAGCAGUUUGGUCAUUCUGAGGGGGGACCCAAGAGAAGACGGAAGAGAAACUAA